AUGGAGGCUAGAAAGUUUUUGGAAGAUAAUGUGAAAGUAAACAAGAGAUGUUUUAGAGGUUUGUUUCCCGAUCUGAAAACACGUUACAAGCUAAGCAGAGAAGCAGUGAGUAAAAGUGAGAUGAUGAAAAGGCUAUGUGAAGAGGAAGCAUCAUUUGAUAUUAAUGUUUCUCUACCUGCGCCUCCUCUGGGGAUAGAUUCCACGACCUCCAAAGAUUUUGUACUUUUUCAAACAACGGAAUUAGCUAUGCAAGAGGUCAUGGCCGCAUUGAGAGACAAUUCUACUAAUUUUGUGGGGAUACAUGGAAUGGGUGGAGUGGGAAAGACGACUUUAGUGAAAGAAAUUGCUAGAAAAUGCAAAGAAGAGAAGCUUUUCGACAAUGUGGCAAUGGCUGUAGUGUCACAAACUGUUGUUGUCGAAAGUAUUCAGAACCAGAUAGCAGAGUUCUUGGGUUUAAAACUAGACCAAACAAGUCAGACGAUUAGAGCGAAUCGGUUAUGUGAUCGACUAAAAAACGAGAAUAAGAUCCUUGUUAUAUUGGAUGAUGUUUGGGCCAACAUUGAUCUUGCAACUAUCGGAAUUCCUUUAGAAGAAGAUCAUAAGGGUUGUAAAGUUGUCAUCACCACAAGGCGUAGACAAGUGUGCACUGUUAUGGGCAGGAGUAUCCAGGGUACAAGAAUUGUAAGUCUUGAUGUCUUAACUAAACAAGAAUCUUGGGACUUAUUUAAGUUGCAAGUUGGUGACAUUAUUGAGUCUCCCACGGUGAGAAUUGUGGCAGAGAAACUUGCUAAAGAGUGUGGAGGUUUGCCUAUCGCUCUUGUGACAGUAGGAAAGGCUAUGAGAGACAAAGAUAUAGAAGAAUGGAAAACGGCUGCUCUAGAUCUCGAGAAAUCGAGGCCGACAAAUAUUGAAGACAUGGAUAAAAAUGUGUUCAAGUGCAUCAAAUUCAGCUAUGAUUAUUUGGGAGAUGAUGAGGCCAAGGCUUGCUUCUUGCUUUGUUGUUUAUUCCCAGAGGAUUAUGACAUUGAAAUAGAGAGGUUGGUUAGAUAUGGGGUGGGGUUGAAUACAUUUAAGGGAGUCGACACAAUUCAAGAAGCGAGAAGACGAGCACAUUCAAUAAUUAACAAUCUUAAAGCCUCUUCUUUAUUGGUUGCAAGUGAAGAAAAAGGGUGCAUCAAAAUGCACGAUAUUGUUCGCGAUGUUGCUAAAACAAUUGCAGUGGAUAAAUAUUUUGUGAAAGAUGGUGAGGUGAAAGAAUGGCCAAAACAACUAGUUAUGGAUGAAUAUAAUGGUAUUGGCAUCUCUUUGAUGAGAAAUGAAAUCCAAAAGUACCCUGAUGCUUUGCAAUGCCCAAACCUGAAGAUAUUUUUGACGCAUCACUACAAUGUUGAUCAAGUAAUACCAGAAGAGGUAUUUAAGGGAAUGAAAAGGCUCAGAGUUUUAGAUCAAUAUCAUCACUCUUACUCUGGAAAAAGAAGCUUGGGGCCAUCAGUUAGUGAUCUCACAAAUCUCCAGACAUUAAUUCUUGAGGGCCGUGGUAUAACCUAUAUGCCGAUACAGGGCAUUAGCGCACUCGGAGAGCUAAAAUUGCUCCAAGUUGUCAGCUUUACAAAUUGUGAAUUUGAAGAGCCGCUGAAUGCAUUGAGGAAGUUGAAGAACCUGAAGUUGCUGAAUUUGGAAGAUUGUUUUAAUUGUUCAUCUCUUUUCGACUACACAAGGAUAGUCGAUGAAGAUUGCAAUUUUCCGCAAUUAGAAGAACUACAUGUGACUGAGACCAUCUCUUGCAGUGUAGCCGAGCUGAUCAAAUGUCAUCCUCGCUUAAGUGUGUUAAAUUUUUGUAUAGAUGACAUUAGCCGGAUACCUGAGAACUUCGUCUUCCCGCACUUGGAUAGUUUUUCCAUUUAUGUGGACCCCCCGUGGUCAGUUGAUUUUUUAGGUUACUAUUUUGAAAAAACUUUGCAGCUCAAUGGCAGAUAUCGACAGCUCGACAUGACAUGGCCAAACAGGAUUGCGACAUUAUUGCCGGGUGUAACUAUUUUGGAUCUUAUUGGUCAGCAGAGACAGUCUCGCUGUCUUGAAAAAAUUGAGAGUUUCCUAUUGCGGUGA